UCUGCAAAAAGUGCAACUCCAAAAAGUUUGACGACCAAAAACACAGAGAAAAAUAUUUCUCCACAGACUCGUCGCGAAAAUCCAAAUCUAGAAAAAAAUGGAGAAACUCGAUCUAGCAAAGCUGAAGCUGGCUUCAUCCUCCCUGGGCGAGCGGAUCAAGACGAGCGGCGCGCAGAUGGGCCGCACAAUCGGCUCCAAAAUGAAGGAAAUACUCCAAACCCCCACCCCGGAAUCCAAGGUAGUCGACGAGGCCACCGACGACUCCACGGACGAGCUCAACUGGGGUCUCAGCCUCCGCAUCUGCGCCAUGAUCGGCCGCCAGGAGUACGACGGCGCCGAGAUCGUCAGAGCGAUCAAGCGGAAGAUCGUGCCGGGGAAGAAUCCCGUCUCCCAGCGCCUCAGCCUCGAUUUGCUGGAGGCCUGCACUUCCAAUUGCGAGAAGGUCUUCUCAGAAGUGGCGUCGGAGAAGGUGGUCGAGGAUAUGGUGAAGCUGAUCGACGAUUCGAGGACGGCGUUCGAGGUUAGGGUUAGGGCGAUGCAGCUGAUCAAAGCCUGGGGCGAGUCUGAAGAUCUCGCCUACUUGCCUAUUUUUCGUCAAACAUACAUGUACAUGAAAUCAAGAAUAAGUCCAGCAGAGGAAGAAGAGAGGGUGCCGCCCUCCUCGAAUUACAAUCUGGAGUCUUACAUUGACCAACAGCCUCUACCGCCGCCCGAAAGAUACCCUAUUCCCACCACUGCUUCGGAAAAUGCAGAGGAUCUCAGUUUCGUUAGCUAUGGUUUUCAGUCCGUUGAAGAGAAAAAGGAGUUCCUUGUCGUGACUCGUAAUACUCUUGAUAUUCUUUCCAGCAUAUUGAAUUCUGAAACCGAACCCAAACCCCUCGAGGAUGAGCUAACAACGAGCAUGGUGGACAAGUGCAAGCAGUCACUGCCUAUUGUUCAGAGAAUUAUAGAAACCACGUCCGAUGACGAGGCGAUGCUUUUCGAUGCUCUAAACAUUCACGAAGAGCUUCAACAAAUCAUUUCAAAACACGGGGAACUGUCAGCAGCUGCCUUGGAUUCAAAACUGCCCACCACAAACCAUAACGCGGGUGAAGUACCGUCUAAUGAUUCGGAUCCCAAAGAAGCUAAUUUACCACAGCAGAGCGGCUGCAGUACAACGGAAAAGUCGGAUCACUCUCCUGCGGUAGGGAUAACUGGAUCAGAUAAGCCAAGUACAGAAGAUGGUGCUGAUAAAAACACGAGCAAAGAGUGAGCAAUAUUACGACUGAGCCACAAAAUUUUAGCGCUGUUAGUAUUGCAAUUUUCUUUGUUAUAUAUUGUGAAGUUAUAUGCUCUAGAAACGAACUUGAACCUCGAAUUUUACACUGAUGUUAUAUUGUAGCUGCACUUUUAGAUUUUCAGUGCUGUUUGUAUUCACAGCUUAUAUUAUUUUGUAAAAGCGUGGUUAAAUUGCAGAACUGCUAUAGUU